AUGCUAUAGCAAUCAGCUGUUGCAUUGACUUCACCUUGUAAGUGCACCUUGACUCGGUUGAUUGCGAAACAUGUUGUCAAUAGUUAAAAAGUGCAGCGGUAAUUUCUUAAAAUUAAAAUCGUUAAGUAUAGGUUGUACGUUGACUGUAAAAAACAUUUCAACGGCUAAAUAUGCUCUUUCGGCGGGACACUCAAAAUGGGCUAAUAUUCGACAUAUUAAGGCUGCAAAAGAUGGACAAAAAGCAGCACUUUUUACAAAAAUUUCUCGGCAGAUAAGACUAGCAAUACAAGAUGGUGGAAGUGCUGAUCCUUCACUAAAUUCCCAAUUGAAGAGCGUUAUUGACGAAGCGCUUCGAAAAAAUAUGCCUAUGACUACCAUUCAAAACAAUAUACAAAAAUGUAAGCAGAAUAAAAAUGAAUUAAAAAGAUACAAACUAGAUCUGCGAUACAAGCAAAAGGUGUUUGCCGUCUGUAUCAUUUACACAGACAAUUACCCAGGUGUAAAAAUGGAUAUGGCAACCAUAUUAAGGAAAUCAGGUGCUACUAUUUUAGAUGCAAAUCAUCUCUUUGAGGAAAUUGGGCUCAUACAAGCAGUAAUUGAUAAAUCACGAUUAAAUGAUUGCAGUGACUUUGAAGAUGUAGUGACGGAAGAUGCAAUUAUGUGUGGAGCGGAAGAAGUUGAAAUUAUGGACAAAGAAAAUGGUGUUGUCAAUUUUAUUUGUAGACCAUUUGAAAUAAUGUCUCUUCGAAAAUCCAUUGAAGCAAGUGGUUAUGUGAUUGAUAACACUGAACACAUUUAUAUUCCUUUGAAUAUUGUGGAUUUGCUUCCAGAUGAAUCAAUAGACUAUCAAAAGUUUAUUGCAAAACUUAAAGAAAUACCCGGCGUUGAAGAAAUAUAUGACAAUAUUAACCACGAGGACCACAAUGAUAUAAAAAAAUAAUUAUGAAAUAUUAUGUAUCGAGAGCUUCUUUUAUUCAAAAUUAUUUUUAAAAUGCUGUGUUUUCAAAUAAAUAUUUGUACAAAUAAAUAUAAUAUCAGGGUUAAUAUCGCAAGCUAAUCAUGUACAUAAAUAAACUAGAGGUUAUAUUUUUUGAUUUUAAUUGAAUAAAAUAAAUUUGAAAAACUUAAACUAAA